AUGUCUAACAACAAUCAUUCUGAUGAUGAAGAGAUGUUUGUAAUAAUUAUGAUAAUUAUUUUAGCUUGUAAGCAAAAUUUAAGCAUAAAAAGUGGAAAUAGAGUCUCUCUAAAAAUAAUUACGGGUUUAAGAAUUUCAAUUUAAACAACAGAUUUUAGAAGUAUUUUAAAUAUUAAUGAUAAGCUUACUAAUGAGCUUGAGAGAGAGAGAAAGAGAACAAUUGAAUUAGAGAAUGAAAUAACUACAUAAAUUAGUUCAAUAGGGUAGAGUGAAAUUUAAUCAUUUGCUACUUAACUUGAAUUAAAGUUGUCAGAAGCUGAAAAUAUGUUGUUAGAAUAUAAAGCUAAUGAAGUUUAUUAUGUGAAUAAAUUUAUAGUUGAAAUUGCAAAAAGAAAUUUAAAAUUUAAAAAGAAAGCCUGAUAAUGAAGAAAUAGAUGAAUUAAAAUAAUAGUUAGUUAAAAUGGAGGAAACAGCAAUUGCAUUAAUUGUUGAAAAAGAAAAAGUUAUAUAAGAUCUAAAAAGUCAACUUGAAUGUUCAACAUAAAUUUAAGAAACUUUUCAUGAUUAAAUACAUAGUUCUGAUGUAGAUGAUGAAAAGGAUAUUAAAAUAUAAAAUUUAAAAUAAUUAGUAUAAGAAUUGAACUAGAAAAUAGAAUAAGACUAAUUGAAUUUUGAUGAAAGAUUAAUGAAAUUAGAGCAUGAAAUUACAGAAAGAGUAUUAGAUAGUAUUAGUCAUUAAAUAAAUGAAUCAAAAUCAGUAGAAUAAGAUUUACUUCAUUAAAUCAAUCUUUAUGAAGAGAAAAUAAAGAAUUAAGAUAAAUUAUUAGUUAGUUAGGAGAAAUUAUUAUAAUAAGUUAAAGAUGAAAAGUAUAAGGAAGUUAGUUUUUAUGAAGGUAGACAUGUAGAUAUGUAAAAGAAAUUAUCAUCUGCAUUAUAAUAAGUAUUAAAAAGUGAUAGAAAAUCUGAAGAUGCAUUUAAAUAAUAUACUAAUUUAUAGAGAGAGAGAACUAUACUUUAAAAAUAAAGAGAUGAAUAAGUUAAAUUAAAUGUUAAAUUGGAAAAUAAUAUAAGAAAAUAAAUUUAAGAUAUGGAUGAACUUAGAUAAUUUAAUAAUAAUUGUUAAUAAUAAAUUGAUGAUUUAGAAUAAUAAGUUAAUCAUUUAGAAUAAUAAUUACAAGAAACUAAAUUUUAUUAUGAAGAAUAAUUAUAAAUGCAAAAGAUACAUAUACCUAGUGAAAGAUAACAUUCAUAAUAAGAAGAAUAAGGAUAGGGAGGAAAUUUAUUAAGUGAAUUAUUAACAGAAGAAGUAUCAAUAGAAAAACCUCAUAAUACUUAAUAGAGUGAAGAUAGUUUCCAUUAAUAAUAAAUACCAUAAACACCUUAAUCUAAAAAUGGUUUAGUACAUAUGUUUGCAUCAUCUAGAAUCUCAAAUACAAGUGUCAAUACUAAAAGAAGAUAUUAAGAAAUAGAAUAAUUAAAAANGUUGUUAGAAUAUAAAGCUAAUGAAGUUAAUUAUGUGAAUAAAUUUAUAGUUGAAAUUGCAAAAAGAAAUUUAGAGUUUAAAAAGAAAGCCAGAGAAUGAGGAAAUAGAUGAAUUAAAAUAAUAGUUAGUUAAAAUGGAAGAAACAGCAAUUGCAUUAAUUGUUGAAAAAGAAAAAGUUAUAUAAGAUUUAAAAAGUCAACUUGAAUGUUCAACAUAAAUUUAAGAGACUUUUCAUGAUUAAGUACAUAGUUCUAAUGUAGAUGAUGAAAAGGAUAUUAAAAUUUAAAAUUUAAAAUAAUUAGUAUAGGAAUUAAAUUAGAAAAUAGAAUAAGACUAAUUGAAUUUUGAUGAAAGAUUAAUGAAAUUAGAACAUGAAAUUACAGAAAGAGUAUUAGAUAGUAUUAGUCAUUAAAUAAAUGAAUCAAAAUCAGUAGAAUAAGAUUUACUUCAUUAAAUCAAUCUUUAUGAAGAGAAAAUAAAGAAUUAAGAUAAAUUAUUAGUUAGUUAGGAGAAAUUAUUAUAAUAAGUUAAAGAUGAAAAGUAUAAGGAAGUUAGUUUUUAUGAAGGUAGACAUGUAGAUAUGUAAAAGAAAUUAUCAUCUGCAUUAUAAUAAGUAUUAAAAAGUGAUAGAAAAUCUGAAGAUGCAUUUAAAUAAUAUACUAAUUUAUAGAGAGAGAGAACUAUACUUUAAAAAUAAAGAGAUGAAUAAGUUAAAUUAAAUGUUAAAUUGGAAAAUAAUAUAAGAAAAUAAAUUUAAGAUAUGGAUGAACUUAGAUAAUUUAAUAAUAAUUGUUAAUAAUAAAUUGAUGAUUUAGAAUAAUAAGUUAAUCAUUUAGAAUAAUAAUUACAAGAAACUAAAUUUUAUUAUGAAGAAUAAUUAUAAAUGCAAAAGAUACAUAUACCUAGUGAAAGAUAACAUUCAUAAUAAGAAGAAUAAGGAUAGGGAGGAAAUUUAUUAAGUGAAUUAUUAACAGAAGAAGUAUCAAUAGAAAAACCUCAUAAUACUUAAUAGAGUGAAGAUAGUUUCCAUUAAUAAUAAAUACCAUAAACACCUUAAUCUAAAAAUGGUUUAGUACAUAUGUUUGCAUCAUCUAGAAUCUCAAAUACAAGUGUCAAUACUAAAAGAAGAUAUUAAGAAAUAGAAUAAUUAAAAAUAGAAUUACAUUCUAUAAAACAUGAAAAUGAGUAAUAUAUAAUUCUAUUAUCUUUAGAUAAUUAGCAGAAGAAAUAUAAAAUUAUGAACAUUUAGUUGGUGUAUUAUAAUAAGAGAUAAAAGCAUAAUUAUUAGAAAUAUAGAACUUAAGAAAAGGAAAACUUGAUUAUUCUUAAGAAAGAGAUUUGAGAAUAGAUUAAGAAUAAUUAAAAUAAUCACUUCAUAAACUAGAAACUCAUUUUAUUACAGCAAAAUUAAGUUGGGCUGAAGAAAUAAAUUUCUUAAAAUCAGAAGUUAAAAGAGCUGAAAAAUAAGCAUAAGAAAGCACUUUAUUAUAUAAUUAAAUAUUAACAGAAAAAGAGUAUUUUUAAUCCAAAUUGAAGAAACUUGAAACAUAAAUAACAAAAAAAGAAAAAAAAAAUAUAAUUUCUCAAAAUGCUCCUUUAAGUCCUCUUAAAGUAGAUGAAUAAACAGUGAAAAAAAAAGGAUUUUUAUCAUAUUUCGGAAAAUGA